GUUACCAAAAAACACACGAAUGAAGGGAGGGAGGGCGGGCGGUUGGGGUUGUCUCUUGUUAAUGUGUCCAUUUCUUUAGAGAGGAGAGCAGCCAAGCCGGUGGUAGGCAAUUAGCAUCUCAUCCCAUCGACGAUUUUAAUGUCUGUCUCUGUCCUCUGUCCUCUGUCUCAGUCUCACUCGUCCUGCAUCUGUUUGUCUGUCUGUUUUUUCUGUCUGAAAUACAAUGUCACAUUCUUCGAAGGUGUGACCCCCCACAUCUCCUUCCUUUAAUUACCCAACCCAACCCUUCGAGAAUUGAUGAUUUAUAAUUUCAUUCCAAGGAAGUAGUAGUAGAGUAGAUAAUGUGGACUCUCUAUCCAAACCAAGCUCCUGUUCUCUGUUAAUAAAGGCACCGUGUGCUCCUUUUUUGGCCCUUCAAGAACAGCUAGCCAUGAAAGAGACAGAGAAGAAGAGCUUGGAUCCACAACUAUGGCAAGCCUGUGCAGGAAGCAUGGUUCAUAUCCCUCCACUCAACAGUACAGUCUUUUAUUUUCCACAAGGUCAUGCCGAGCACUCUCAAUCCCCUGUCAAUUUCCCUCAAAGAAUCCCUUCACUCAUCCUCUGCCGUGUUGCCACUGUCAAAUUCCUUGCCGACCCUGACACCGAUGAGGUCUACGCCAAGAUCGGCUUCGUCCCUUUACCAAACACCGACCUUGAUUUCGCUCAUGAUAGGGGACUAUGUGGUAAUGGGAACGACGGUGACAGCUGCCCAGACAAGCCGGCCUCUUUUGCAAAGACACUAACUCAAUCUGAUGCUAACAAUGGUGGGGGUUUCUCUGUGCCUAGAUACUGUGCAGAGACGAUUUUUCCAAGGCUGGAUUACUCUUCGGAUCCUCCCUUGCAGACUGUGAUUGCUAAAGAUGUGCACGGUGAGGUGUGGAAGUUCAGGCAUAUUUAUAGAGGGACACCAAGGAGGCAUUUGUUGACUACUGGAUGGAGCACUUUUGUUAACCAGAAGAAAUUGGUUGCUGGGGAUUCAAUUGUGUUCUUGAGGGCUGAAAAUGGCGAUCUUCGUGUUGGAAUUCGCCGCUCCAAGAGGGGGAUUGGAAUUGGAAGUAGACCUGAAUCAUCAUUAACUACUGGGUGGAAUUCCAACAAUGCUACCUGUGCUAUACCAUAUGAUGGAUUUUCACUUUUUGUCAAGGAAGAUGAGAUGCGAAAUGGGGGAAUGAAGGGAAGGGGGAGGGUGAAGCCUGAAGAGGUUUUGGAGGCUGCUGGUCUAGCUGCUAAUGGAAAGCCUUUUCAAGUCGUUUAUUAUCCGCGAUCAAGCACCCCAGAGUUUUGUGUCAAGGCCUCUUCAGUGAGGGCAGCAAUGAGGAUCGGUUGGUGCUCUGGGAUGAGGUUCAAGAUGGCUUUUGAAACUGAGGACUCUUCACGGAUUAGCUGGUUUAUGGGGACUGUUACCUCUGUUCAGGUUGCUGAUCCCGUCCGAUGGCCUAAUUCUCCAUGGCGGCUGCUCCAGGUGGCAUGGGAUGAGCCAGAUUUGCUACAAAAUGUAAAGCGUGUCAGCCCAUGGCUGGUUGAAUUGGUGUCAAAUAUGCCAGUUAUCCACCUGUCACCCUUCUCACCACCAAGAAAGAAGUCGCGAUUCCCACAACAGUUAGGCUUUCCACUUGACCUCCAAUUUCAAUUGCCAUCAUUUUCAGGCAACCCCCUUGGGCCCAGCAGCCCCUUGUGUUGUCUAUCCGAUAACACUCCUGCAGGCAUACAGGGAGCCAGGCAUGCUCAAUUUGGAAUUUCAUUAUCUGAUAUCCAGUUUAACAACAAACAGCAGUCAGGGAUGUUUCUAUCCAGUCUCCAGCGGUUCAAUCCACAUUCUAGAAAUUCUGAAACUUACCUGACAGGUCACACAAACAGCAAUGAGAAUAUAUCUUGCUUGUUAACAAUGGGGAACAGCAACCCAAAUUUGGAGAAAUCUGAUAAUGUAAAGAAACACCAGUUUCUACUCUUUGGUCAACCAAUACUUAUUGAGCAGCAUAUAUCUCAUAGCUGUUCAACUGAUGCAGUCUCUCAAGUUAUUAAUGAGAGAAAUUCAUCUGACGAGUCUUCCAGCAAGGAAAAAAUUUCUGAUGUAUUACUGUCUGCACCUGGGAAAAAGAUUUCACAAGUAAAGUCGUGCGGUACUGGGUUUUCAUGGCACCAGAGUCUUCAUAAUACCAGUGAAAUUGGCAAAGAUACUGGUCCCUGCAAGGUAUUUUUGGAGUCAGAGGAUGUGGGAUGGACCCUCGAUCUCUCUGCUCUUUGUUCUUACGAGGAGCUACAUGGAAAACUGGCCAACAUGUUUGGUAUAGAGAGAUCAGAAAUGUCGAGCCAUGUGCUCUACCGAGAUGCGACAGGUUCUGUUAAACAGAUUGGAGAUGAACCAUUCAGUGUUUUUAUGAAAACUGCAAAAAGAUUGACAAUUUUGAUGAACCAACCUAGCACAGAAAGUUGGGAGGACAUGGAUCACAGGGAUGUGAAAUGCUGAGAAUGGACAAGAGGCUCCAAAUAAGACAGGUUGCAUAACGCAGUGUGGGAUUUGAGAGUAGUUGCUGUAAAAGAAUGAACAUGUGUUGUAGAGUUUUCAGUUGUUCAAGUAAUUUGCAUAUGGAAGCAGAACAUAGAACUCCCAUCUUUUAUUAAAGCUGGUGUCUGAACAUCAUGUUUCUUAAUUAAAUGCAAAGUAACUGUGCUGUACUCGUGA